GUUUCAGUAGUCACUGCACUAAUACUUAGUUUAUUUUUAAUAAUGUGAGAAUAAUCCAUCCGCAGUUUUAAAGAAAGCCCAAAUCGUAGUGUCAAAAGUUUUCCAAAAAAACAUUUUUUUUCGGGUUAUCUGAAGAGAAAAUAAUUUAUUAUUUCAAAAACAUAGCAAAAAGCAGACUUUUGUAUUAUAAAUUAAUAUAUAUUCUUGUUGUGUGUUUUUUAUUGCUUAUCAAAGAAUCAUUGAUGCAGUUUAUCUUCUAAACUGUAAAUGCAAUUGUGUUUAAACACAAACAUGAUAACUUUAAAUGCUCUCAAGCAUAUCAUUGGAUCAUGGAAAAGCAUUUCUCGAAACAGAUUAUCAAGAGCUACCGUAUCAGGAAACACAUAUAUCAAAAUAAUCGCCAGAUCAAUAUCGACAGUGGAUCCUAAGGAAGUUGAAAACAUGUCUAGAGUGGCACACAAGUGGUGGGAUGAGAAUGGUCCAACAAAAGCCCUUCAUUUGUACAAUCCGCUCAGAAUACAACUUGUAAAAGAUGGAUUGGUAAACGCCGGAAUCAAAAUGCAGAAUUCAGAUCUUCCGUUAAAAGAAAUGAAGAUUGCGGAAGUUGGCUGCGGCGGAGGUAUAUUGACUGAGGCUUUAGCUAGAAUAGGAGCGCAAGUAACCGGAAUAGAUGUAUCGGCAGAAUUAUUAAACAUUGCUAAAGAACAUGUAAAAUUGGAUCCCAAUAUAUCAAAGAGAGUGAAUUACAUUCAGACAACCGUGGAAGAUUUCGCCGAAAACGAGAGAGAAACAUAUGAUGCUGUUGUAACUUCUGAAGUUUUGGAGCAUGUAACAGAUCCACAAAUGUUUUUAAAGGAAUGUGUGAAAAUUGUGAAACCUGGCAAGUCGAUUUUUAUAACGACGAUAAACAGAACUCUAACAUCUUGGCUAUCCACUAUUGUAGCAACCGAAUAUAUUUUCGGAGCUAUACCUCGUGGUACUCAUACAUGGAGUAAAUUUAUUGCUCCGCACGACGUUCAACAUAUAUUAAAAAAUUAUGGCUGCGAAAUGAAAUUGAUUUAUGGCUUUAAAUUCAAUUCACUGAUAAACAAGUGGUCUUGGUCGUCCACUACACCUACUUUUUAUGGACUUCAUGCAAUCAAACAAAACAAAAGUAGCAUAUAGAUAGUAAGUUUUUAAAAAGUACAACUUUCGUUAUUACUAAAUACAAAAUGAUGUUAUAUUCUUUUAUCGUUUACCAGUUAUGUAUUAUAAUUAUAAUAGUGACUG